AUGUCUGCCUCAUCCUUCCUACCAACAGUUGACUUUGAGCAUCUCUUUGGACUUGUUCCAGUUCCCCUCGAGCAGGAACCUGAUUCCAACAUUCCUAAGCCAGACUCUUCUCCAAUCACUUUCUUUGACAGACACUUGAAUGACUCUUUAAUUCUCAAAAGAGUCACGGUUCUACCCUCCCUUAUAUCCACACUUUCGGAAAACCUUGACGAUUACAUUUCUACGUUCAAUUCUGAGAAUGAAUCAUUCUCUUCUCCCCGUCUUUACCUCAGUCCUGCACGAUACAACGGCACAGGAUCCCCAAAGAAUGCUACCGACGUCGCUGAGCGAUAUCGUUACAGCUCGAGUACCUUCUUGCAGGCGGCCUCUAUUCUCGUUGUUCAUCCGGGUCAGCCUGACCUCAAGACAGUGUUUAGGAUGGAAGACGGACGUCCAGGAUCUCCCAUGGGAUUUCAUACACAAAAGUAUUCUCUCACGUAUAAAACCUAUGCGAAAGAGGACCUCGCUAAGUUGCUGGAACCCUGGGACCUGGAUCGGAAGACACUCAUUCUGUCUAUGUGGGACCAUUUGCCCACACUAGCGAUCUGGGACGUAUACGCGCUCUCCGGGGAAUCUAUUUUGGAUGAUAUGUCGGGCUUAGCUGCUCUUGACAUCUUCCCUUGGAAGCAUUGUGGCACGUCGGGACACCGACAAUUUACGAGUUCAGCCCGUGUAACACGGCCAGACGUGUCAAAGUAUCUGUGGGAAACGGCGCCCGUACCAUCGGCCCCGACUCAGACUGAUACCGUCCACCCACAACUUGCUACCCCCAAAAUCACUGUUCCCAGAUCUGGACAUGGGACGUCAAGAUACAAAGAGAAUGUCGCAGAUUUCAUACAACGAGCCUGGGCGCGCGCUGUCCACUCAGACUCGACCUUUAUCAUAUUCGAUUGCGGAGACUUUCUCAGAAUCGGCGUUCGACACCGGAAAACCCAAACGCUCUAUAUAUCUGAGCUGGUUGAUAUUUGCACUUGCUCCAAUCCAACCUUUGGAAAGCUCAUGGUGGCAAUCAACGUGGCGAUAUUACGCGAUGCUAUCGAACGCGCCCCACUCCUUGACCCGAGUUUGGUCAAACACAAGCAGCUACAGACUGGCAAGUCCCGCAAACGACAACAGGAUGCUAACGAAGCAGAUAUCCCCGUCAGACGUUCCCGUCGUAAACUGGGAGAGACACCGGUCGAUGAAACUGCACCCGAGGUAAGUCAUAGAUUUCAUACAGCUUCCCCCUACUCAGCGAUCCUACCACAGGAGAUAAUAAAUGAACUUCUCACUCGAAACAUAGCUCUUCUCUACUUGCAGCACGAGAAUUAUUAUUCUAGUUCGCCUUCGUUCUUUAGACGGCCAAAUAGCCUUGGUCGACAGCGUUCGUAUCACUACGCUAACUGUUUUACUCUUCUUGUUGGGAAGAAAUUAGGUCAAGGUGCCAUCGGGCAGGUACACGAAGCUCAAGUCUUGAUGGAUAUGCCUUCUGGAAGUAUAGCGCGCUAUCCAAAAAAGGUUAUCGUCAAACUUGCCCUCUCUGGAGAACAGAAUGAGAGGUUACGUCAUGAGUAUUCGAUAUACCGACGUCUCCUAUAUGGGCCUGUGCCCGUUGCGGCAGGAGAUAUUCCUAGAGCUUUUGGAUAUUUUGAGGACGUUGAGUCCGAUACGGGAGCUCUAAUUUUGAGCUAUAAUGGCCAACCGUUGGCACAUCGCUCAGAUCCACCCGCCUCCGGAAUCACUGUCUCUGAAGAAGAAAGGGCUACAUUACUCCGAAUACUAGAGAGCAUCCAUGCAGCCGGCGUUGCUCAUGGAGACAUCCGAUCGUGGAAUAUGGUUGCUGAUGAGGAAGGAAACCUCUCUAUAAUUGACUUCGAUAGGGCAAAAUACAGGGGCCAUAGAGCACAGAUGGAAGCCGAGCGCAAACGCCUAGAAUAUCUACUAGACGGUGAGCCUAUCGAUGGCUUCUCCGUGACGAGUUAUGAGGCAUUGACAACAAGCGACGAGGUGUCUUAUUGAUAGUAAGCCUAGUAUCCAUACUAUAUAUAUCAUCCUUCUAUCCACCUUAACUGUGACAACCCAGCGUCGCAUCAUUUUCUUAAUGGUCGGAGAGGGACUGGUACUCUCAGUGAAUUUGGAGGAGAAUGCCUUUGGCCUCCAUGUCUGCUUCUCUACCCUCGGAGAUACGACCUGGUGGUUGUCGGUUUUUUCUCUCUUGUGAUCUACUACAAAUCUUGCAUCGACCUCUUCAGCCUCCCUGUCCCCGCCGAUCCUUCUCGAAUACCGCUGGUUCUUUGCACUGAUAAGCGUCGAUGGUCUUAAUUUCCCCAACUAAUCAUGUGGAUGUCUCACUGUUCCUUCUUUUCUUGCUCGUUCCUUGUAACAAGAAU